UCCUAAAAUCUUCAAUAUAAUAUGUGAUUAAAAGUUAAAACAGUUGAGAGGCUUUUCUCAAAUCAGACUAUAAAUGAGACAAAAGUUAAUGAGUUUAACGUUUUGCAAUUUCACAUUUACUCGUAACCCUUAGUUUGACUAUCAAUAAAAGUUAAAUGGGUAGAACAUUGUAAACGGUCUAAAAGUGAUUUCUUUUAUACUUGCCUGUAGUGUCUAUAACUUGCACUUAAAAACCUGUAAUUCUAAAACUCUAAAUGUCCUCGAAAUCGAUUGAAACCCGUUGCUAUGAGGGCUGCGGCCGCAUUGGCCCAAUACGGUGCAUAUUUUUGAGUGAAUUUCAUCCUGUGGCUGGUCCAAAAAUUGUUUGCCAGUUCCCAGAAGACAAUGUAUCAAAAGAUGUAUUUCAUUCCAUCAGUGCAUAUAUUAUUCCAAAACCUCAAUUUAUAUUAAAGUGCACUAUGACAAUAAACUCUCUUGGGCACAAGAUCAUCGGUUAUCCAAUCAGAAUAGAAAACACUAGGUAUGAGCGCAAUAUGUACAUCUUCAAUCUGUGCUUUGUCUGCGACAGCUGGUCUAAAACGGUUCAGUAUGAACCGGUUGUUAAGAAACUUGGUGAAUACCUGGUUUUGAUGGAGGAAGAUACUGGAUUUGUGUCAAAGGGGUCAAGCAGACUUCCCACCCUGCUCGCUCACCUGUUCCACGACCUCAAUACAUAUCACAGGGCAACCCUCGCGGGGCCCGCCUCUGCGGCAGAGGGUGACAUUGCAGUGCGGUUGCUGGUGGGUCGGCAGCGCGCUUCUCCCCCACCGGUGCAUGACCACGACGUGCCCGUACCCGUGUUCCGAUCUGCACUCCCUUCGCCGCCAUCAACGCCCACUUCCAGCGAUGAGCCGCACCUGGAGCCGGACGCCGACUGGGACCUCACCACGUCCCAGCUGUUGCCUCACAUCGACGGCUACAAUCACGUGUCGAAGAUCGCGGCCGACGCCGACGUCGAGAAGACGUUGGUCAAGUCCUGCAUACGGAACCUCCUCUACUAUGGCGUAGUGAGGUUGGUGCCGGUGCUCAAGUUCAGCAACACGUACCGGGCGACGCCUGCCCUUUCGCGCUUCUUCCGGGACUCCGAGCUGCAGGCCGCAUGUUUGGCCUACGCCGCCCCUACCGCGCGCCGACAGACGGCUCUACGGGACGUCGGGCGAAUGCUGUGUUCGCUGCAGCAGGGCAGCCCUCUGCGCAGUGUUUGUGAGCGCUGGGCGGCCAUCGCGCCAGACGUGGACGUUCGACGGCUCGUCGUCUUCGCGCAGCUGCACGGGCUCAUACGUUGCAUCAAGAGGUAUCCGUUGUGGAGGGGCGCGGAGGGAGCGGGGGGUUCGGCUGCCGACCUUCGGCACCUGUUCACGGGCGCGCUCUGCGAGGACGAGAUCUGCUGUCGCGCGAGACUCGACCUGCAGUCGCUGCGGAGGAUCAUAGACGAAGACCCCGACGUGGCAGUCGUGUGGCGGUAGCCCGGAGAGGAGGAUCUUCUCCUCCUCUCUCACUUCACCAGUCCUAACCAAAUAAAUUAAAUUAAAAAUA